UCUACGUGAGCUGCAGCUCAUUUACAGCUGGAAGUGGGUGACAUGCAGCCAGCAUCUUGGUUUGAAAUUAAACUUGUUUUUGCACAGCUAUUUAGCUUGUGUAUUUUCUAAACAGCCUUGGAUAUGAAAAGACCUCCGAACUUACUUUGUUAACAACGGGAUGUUUGCCACUGAAACACCGACUGAUGUGACUCUGUUUGUGGUGGAUUUGUGAGGGCUGUACGGUUUUAAAAUUACAGAUAUGCACGCGCCCAGCCGACCGGAUUACGUGUCUAUCCACUUCACUGGACAACAGACUGGGAACUACAAAAAUGGCAAGCAGUGGCGGAGACAGUCGUACUGGAGGAAUGAAAGCACAGAAGUUCAUCUUUUUAAAUCUUAAAUGGAAGCAGCUGUCCAGGCUACAGCGGAGUCUUUUCCUCUUCAUGGUUGUACUGCUUUUCAUUUGUGGCUUAGCUUCAUAUUCUUCUGUUACCAAGCAGCUCCGAGGUUUUACGGUAAGAGAGGAGGAGAUGGAGAGCAACAUUCUUCUGAAACCAUUCAAACCUCAUGUGCUGCUGGAGCCUGUCAAAAAGGGCCAAGACCCCCUGCCUGAACAGCUCUCUCAGAGAAAAUUAUCCAAUAAGAGAGGACCGCCUGUGCUUCCAAACCGUCUUCAGAAGAAAGGAAACACAUCUAAUAUCCUUUCUGAAGUCAAGGCAGCUGACAGCAAGAAGGAGGAAGAGGAGGAGAGAGUCAUCAGCUGGCAUGGGGCAGUGAUCGACACUGUCCAGGCCACAGAAGGUUCCAAAGAUGGAGAAAACAAGGAGGACUCUCCUGGCAACCGGAAUGUCAACCAGUCAAAAGUUUUAGAGACAGAGCGGAUGGAGGCAGUGCGGGAAGCUUUCAGACAUGCCUGGAAGGGUUACAAAGAAUAUGCCUGGGGCCACGACGAGCUCCGGCCUGUCUCCAGGUCCUACAGCGAGUGGUUCGGGCUCGGUCUCACGCUGAUUGAUGCCCUGGACACUAUGUGGAUUCUGGAGCUCAAGCAGGAGUUUAAAGAAGCCAGGGAAUGGGUUGCCUCAGAGCUCACCUUCAACAAAAAUGUUGAUGUUAAUCUGUUUGAAACUACCAUCCGCAUCCUGGGAGGCCUCCUGAGCACUUACCACCUGACCGGAGACAGCCUCUUCCUGGACAAAGCUAAAGACGUUGGCUCUAGGCUGAUGCCAGCCUUCAACACACAGUCCAAGAUUCCCUACUCUGAUGUAAACAUCGGGAAAGGCUCUGCCCACCCGCCCCGCUGGACCUCUGACAGCACUGUGGCUGAAGUUACAAGUAUUCAGCUGGAGUUCAGGGAGCUCAGCCGGCUCACCCAGGAACCUCAGUACCAGGCUGCAGUAGCUGAAGUCAUGAAUCAGGUCCACAAGCAAGAAGGCAAGCUGGAUGGUCUUGUUCCCAUGUUCAUCAACACUAAUAGUGGACAGUUCACUCAUCAAGGCAUCUAUACACUGGGAGCCAGAGCAGACAGCUACUAUGAAUAUCUGCUGAAGCAGUGGAUCCAAGGUGGCAAGAAGGAGAAGCAGUUUUUGGAAGACUACCUGCAGGCCAUUGAGGGUAUAAAGAAGAACUUGCUACAGAAAUCUUCACCAAACGGUCUUGUCUUUCUUGGAGAACUCUCCCAUGGACAGUUCAGUCCAAAAAUGGAUCAUCUGGUAUGUUUCCUCCCUGGCACUUUGGCCCUCGGUGCUCAUAAUGGCCUCCCUGCUGAUCACAUGGACCUGGCCAAGGAGCUGAUGCACACCUGCUACCAGAUGUACGUCCAGAUGGAGACUGGUCUCAGUCCUGAGAUUGUUCACUUCAACAUGCACCAGGGCAGUAUCAGAGACAUUGAUGUGAAGCCUGCAGACAGACAUAACCUUCUUCGACCAGAGACUGCAGAGAGUCUCUUCUAUUUGUACAGGUACACUAAAGAUCGCAAAUAUCAGGACUGGGGCUGGAAGAUUCUACAAAACUUUAACAAAUACACCAAGGUUUCCUCUGGUGGCUACACAUCCAUCAACAACGUGUGUGAUCCAGAUUAUCCCAGUCCCAGAGACAAGAUGGAGAGCUUCUUCCUGGGAGAGACUCUAAAAUAUUUCUACCUGCUCUUCUCCGAGGAUGCUGACCUCAUCAGUCUUGACAAGUAUGUCUUCAACACUGAGGCUCACCCACUGCCCAUAUGGCCUCCAGCUGAGCCACAGCCACUGUGAACCAGAACAUUCCUCAGGGUUGAUGUGACACCAGAACCUGUGUAACAUAAUGACAUCAGAAGCGUGAACCAUGAAAACUGGCUCUUUUAUGCUCUCCAGACAUCGCAAGUAUUGAAAAGUCAAGUCAUAUUCAUGGCUAAACCUUUGUUUAUUUGUUGGAGUGCUUGGUUUUGAUGAUCGAAUCCUGACCCUGAUCAGGAGGAACUGUGAAGGGUGGCUCCAUCACAGCUGGAGCUGGUGGGCCAAGUUCUACAACAUCCACUUUGGAACUACCUGGCAUUUUUUUUUUAUUUUCAGGAAUGGUUUCUCGACUGUUUUUUCUACCGUUAUUAAAAACAAAGUAUCUGCCUUGCAGCUGUGAACAACUGCAGGCUCGUCGUCUCCACAUUCCAAUUAGGCGGAACAGUUUCUCUCCCAGGAACAGGAAGCAGUUCUCAUCAUGAACUGCUUCCUGUUUGGUGAGACUGAGCUGUUUUUAGCCGUCCCUAGAGCUUCCUGACAGGCACACAGCUCUGCUGCAUUCAUGUCAUUCAGCUGCAACACCUUUAACACGUGUCCUGAUUGUUGAAGAGCUAAUAAAAAAUAAUGAAUUUCUCUCUGUAUUUGAGCCACCACCUUUUACUUGACUGUUUUUCUACUAAUGCAAAUUAUACAACAUUAAUACUGAGGACAUUUAUGAACAGAAUUUGUUACAGAAAGGUCCAGAUGCCUUAUAAAUGAGAAAUCAAAAUGCUCCAUUACAAAGCACCAAAUUAGUAAGGUGGUUAGUUUGGGUCAAGUCACCCUACGCUAGUUUGCUCCUCCAUUUUCUCUCCACAGUGGUCCAUUACAUCACGCACUACUGUUUCUGUUUCACAUCCAUGUAGUGUAGUUAUCUUGGUAAUCUUUACAUUUCAGUCUUUCCAUUGAUUAUGGUUCUGACCCCUGAAUACUCCAAUUGACUUAAAAUGUCAGAGGUUAUGACUCCUUGAUCAGACCACUUUAGCUAUGAGUGCCACCCUGCUGAGAAAUAGAGCUUAUGGUCCCAGAACCACAUGACCUCACAACACACAGGACAAGUGGAGAAACUGACCAUAUAUGGUGAAUCUGGAGAGGUCAUAGCAGAACAUCCUGUAUUACUGCUUCUUUGAUUUGAAAGUCAUGGAGAAAAGUUUAGCUGCAAAUGUGCAAAAUGACCAACAUUUAAGAAAUGUGUUGAUUACCUACAGGGUUUUCUGUAACUCAUCUUUACUUCUGUUAAAGAGCUAAAUUAGCCAUGGGAAUGUUUGACCUCUUCCAUAAGUUGUUGCAAAGUUUACUAGUUCAGAUCAACAGCACCAGUUGGCUUCAGUGGUCUGUGGAUAUGCCAAACAAUAAGCCCAAUUUUGUUCAUAAACCGUUUUAAAAAGCUGUGCUGCACCAGAAGGAUGAAGUGUUGUAGAUCUGAGUAGCCAGCUUCUCCUGACACUUCUGCCUAUCUUUGGUUGCUCUGAUACCUCCAUUAAGAUGCAUUUAAACAGCAUGAAGUGGUUGAGCUAAUAAAAGUGAAGUCACACUCUUUGUAGGACCCAGAGUGAGUAGUUCUGGCUCCACUUUCCACUGUGGGGACACAACAAACACAUUUACCUACUGACUUUUUCACUCCCACUGUCAUGAAUGCAGCAUCUGUGGUUGAUGCUUGUUUUAACAAAACUUCAAGAACAUUAAAUCUCCAAAGUAUGUCAUCUAGUUUCUAGUGAAAUAAGAUAAAACUUAAAAAAUAACUUUUCAGGAGCUUGUUUGAAGUCCAUAAUCUUUGAAUAUUUAUAAAACUAACCUCUCUGGCAGAUUUUUUUUUUUUUUUUUUUUUUUUUUUUUUUU